GUCGUCGUCAUCUGGGUACAUUCAACGACUCACGCGGUCUUGCCCUUUCCCAUUCCUUUUAUUGCCCCGAUGGACUGACCAGCGACAAAACAUCCAUAACCCAUCUCCAGACGCUUCCACGGCGGCUGUUCUAGUGUCGACACAUACAUACGCAUUUGGCAUGUUGCCGAGGAGGAAGCAGGCGGGUGCGACGUGCACUUCCGCCGGCCGAGUCACCGCCCAACUGCUGCUGUCCUUCCUCGCCCUAUCAGCAACCCCCAUCUCGGCCGCGGGCAACACCAGAUCAGACGCGCAGUUUGUUCUCCCCAUAGAUGCUUCGCCGAUAGCGCCCCUCAUACCGGAACCGCCAGCCCCUGCAGAACAUACUUUCACCCUCCGCCACAUCUACCAUCAUGGCACGUACAAGCAUCCGCACCUCCAUCGAAAACUAGAUGUCGAUACACAAGGUGCCGAUGUAUGGUUGGCGGCCGAGGAUGGCUACGAGGCCGAGCGCGUUGGCGCCCUGCGAGCGCGAAGCAAUGCGAUCCGGAUACAGCGGCUGGUCGACCGGCGGCCAAGCGCGGUGGACCCAAUCGUUGCCGAGGCCCGGCAGCGGGGAUUUGUUUCCGUGCUCUCACCGUCGGCAUGGACGGUCGAUGAUGUUCCCGGGCCCAACGUCACCGACAAGGACACCGUCCUGACGCUGGCGUUGAUGGCGGCGGACGCCUAUGUGGAGAAACCGGGCGAACCAGACUGGGAGGACGUCGGAGGGCCGUUCAACCGGAGCGCUGACUUUGGCUGGGAAGGCGAUGGGCUGCGGGGCCAUGUCUUCGCGGAUGAGACCAACUCCACCAUUGUCAUCGGGCUGAAGGGGACAUCACCCGCUGUCUUCGAUGGCGAUGGCACCACCACGAACGACAAGGUGAACGACAACCUCUUCUUCAGCUGCUGCUGCGCUCAGCAGGGGCCGUGGACAUGGCACCAGGUUUGCGACUGCGCAACCGGGACCUACACUUGCAACAACACGUGCGUCGCCCAAGCACUGCGCGAUGAGAAUCGGUACUACCAGGCGGCGCGUGAACUCUACUCCAACGUCACGGAGCUCUAUCCCAACUCAAACGUCUGGGUUACGGGGCACUCGCUGGGCGGGGCCGUUAGUUCUUUCAUCGGUCUCACGUAUGGAGUACCGGUCGUUACGUUCCAAGCGGUACCCGAUGCCUUGGCGGCAGGAAGGCUGGGUUUGCCUGUACCUCCAGGGGCCGACCCGGACGCACCUCAGACAAGAGAAUACACCGGGGCGUACCACUUCGGCCAUACAGCUGAUCCGAUCUAUGUCGGCACCUGCAAUGGAGCUACGGCGUCAUGCUCUUUUGGAGGAUAUGCUUUGGAGUCAUCCUGCCAUACAGGCCGAGAGUGCGUUUACGACACGGUGGGCGACAAGGGCUGGCGUGUCGGCAUUGGCACGCACAAGAUCCGGGCUGUCAUCCGCGACGUGAUCUUGAAGUACGACACGGUGCCCGAGUGCAAAUUUACACCUGAGUGCAGGGACUGUGGCAAGUGGAAGAUGUACGAGAGCAACGGGACCGAGACUACUACGACCUCGAGUGCUCCGACAUCAACCACCAAGACCCGCACCCGUACAGAGACGUGCAAGACACCGGGUUGGUGGGGCUGCUUAGACGAGACGACUACCACGACUGGUACCGAAACGUCCAAGUUCACCACGACAUCAUCCACCACUACCUGUCAUACUCCGGGCUGGUUUGGGUGCAAGGACAAGACGACCACAGCCACUACUACGACGCCUACCACGUCCACCACACCCACUGCCACCAGUACGACGUGCGAGACACCAGGCCGUUUCUGGGGGUGCAAUGACGAAGCAACGACAGAGACGGCCAUCACGAUGACAACAACAGCAACCAGAGAGCAGAGCACCAUCACCUCUCCGCCAAGCAUGCCCGCGCCAACAUCGUCGCCCUCAGCAGCCCCCACCUGCGUCGACCGGGCUUGGUAUGGGUGGUGUCGGGAAUGGGAAGGCGAUGAGAGUGGCAGUAAUGAGGAUAUGUAAGAAGAUCUGGAGCGGAUGUGUUUUGUGCUUAGUCUGGGUUGGGUAUUGGGCGCGCAUGGAGUUCUAUACAGAUCAGCUUCCGAUCAGCAACACCGAAGUUGGGGCUUUGCAUAGCAUACAUACACACUACAGGGAGUUCCGUCGAAUGCUGGUUUGAUCUUUGAAAAGAUGAGUAACAUACAGGGUGUUCUGCUUUUCUCGCAGGGGGAUGUUACGGGUGUUUUAUACUCAGUAUAUUUUCUAGCAAGUGUUGAUAGCAAGAAGCACUUAUACACGACGGAGACACUUACAAGCACACCCACAGA